AUGUCCACCGAUCGUCGCAUCAAGGGAUUGAAGCUGCGACAAAGGAGCCUGCUGUCGUCAUUCAACGCGAUCAAGCAGUUUGUCGAUAACUACGACGACGACGACGACUGCUGUGCGAACGAAGUACCUGUGCGCCUGGAGAGCAUCAUCAAGCUCUGGGCGGACCUCAAUUCGGUUCAGGCGGAACUGGAGUCGCUCGACGAGGCGAAUUUGGACGAACAGCUGAAGCAGCGCACGGAGUAUGAGUCGGCAUACUACCGUUCCAAAGGAUUUCUGCUCGCUAAGAAUAAAAAUAAUUCACUUUGCGUAUCGAGUUCUCCCUCAACCAAUCGUAGCCCUCCGUCGUCAUCGCAGGUGCGUUUGCCCGACGUAAAACUUCCAUUCUUUAGUGGGAAUCUAGAUGGCUGGUUGAACUUUCAUGAUUUGUUUGUUUCGCUGGUCCACUCGUCGGUAGAACUUUCCAAUAUUCAAAAGUUCUAUUAUUUGUGUUCGUCACUGUCGGGCGAGGCGUUGAAGCUGAUACAAACCAUUCCACUCAGCGCAAACAAUUAUGUGGUUGCAUGGAAUCUACUUGUCGAGCAUUUUCAAAACCCUGCGCGACUGAAACAGUCAUACGUUGAUGCGUUAUUUGAGUUCCCUUCGCUCAAAAGAGAGUCUGCUUCGGAAUUACAUUCGCUGGUGGAGAAAUUUGAGGCUAACGUAAAGGUGCUACAACAGUUAGGGGAAAAGGUCCAGUUCUGGGACAUUUUGCUAAUUCGGAUGCUGAGUAUUCGCCUUGACCCGACGACGAGAAGGGAUUGGGGGGAAUUUACAACGACGAAGGAUGCCAUCUCGUUCAAGGACCUGACCGCAUUCAUCCAACGUAGGGUCACCGUGCUGCAGAACAUUCAGAGUACUGCGGUAGAUGUCCCCAUUGCCGGCCAAGUAAAGAAGCCCUCUCAACGACCAGUCGCAAGUAACAAUGCAGCACAGUUCAACGCAAGGAAGUGCAUCGUCUGCAACAACCAUCAUCCACUCUACCAAUGCGCGACGUUUUCCAAGAUGAGCUCGGAGGAUAAGGAGAAGGAAGUUCGUCGCAAUCAUCUCUGUCGGAACUGCUUGCGGAAGGAUCAUCAAGCGAAGGACUGUUCGUCAACGAGUACCUGCCGCAAGUGUCGGGGCAAGCAUCAUACUCAGCUUUCCAGUCAACAACCAACCAGCUCAGGUCAGAAGACAACCAACUACACAGAUGAAAGGUCUACGCCUGCUGCAUCUACCACCAAUCAACCCACUGCAUCUGUGUCAGCCACCAUCGAGCCUGCCAGCUUCGCUUCCGUUAGUCAAGGACGGAAGGCAAUUCUACUUGCUACUGCUGUAGUCAUCGUUGUCGACGACAGUGGAAGCGAGCACACAGCACGUGCGUUGCUAGAUUCCGGUAGCGAAUGCUGUUUCGUUACCGAAUCAUUCUCCCAGCGAAUCAAAGCGCAACGGAAGAAGGUCCAUCUUCCGAUAGCUGGCAUCGGUCAAGCGUCGACGCAUGCUAGGCAUAAAUUGUCAACCACAAUUCGCUCUCGCACAGGAAGGUAUUCGACUAGCUUGGAAUUUCUAGUUCUUCCCAAAAUUACCUUCGAUCUGCCGUCGAUUUCUGUUGAUACUUCGGCCUGGGAGAUUCCGCCGAGUAUACAGCUAGCUGAUCCGUCAUUCUGCAGCACCAACCCAAUCGAUCUCAUCUUGGGAGCAGAAAUUUUCUUCGACUUGUUCAAGGUCUCUGGUCGAAUUCCGCUUGGCGAUAACCUUCCGGUACUCGUGAACUCCGUUCUUGGCUAG